CACACUAUUAUAGAGAUGGCGUUUAUUAAAGAGGAGAGUGAAGACUGGAAGAUUGAAGAAACAUUCAGAGUGAAACAAGAAAAUACUGAGGAACAAACAGACCCGAUUGAGGAGAGUCAAGAGCUGAAGGAUAUGGAAGAGAAAGAGCAGAAUGAGAAAGAUCAUGAUUUCAAAAUUGGAGAAAAAUCCACACAGACUAAAAAGUGCUUCUCUCCAAAAAGUGUCCAGAAGAUUGAAUCUAAGAGCUUUUUUACCUGUCAACAGUGUGGGAAGAGUUUCGCUCAAAAAAGAAGCCUUGCAGUCCACAUGAGAAUUCACAAUAGAGACAAUGCUUUCUCCUGCGAACAGUGUGGAGAGAGUUUCACUCUCAAAGAAAACCUUAAAAUUCACAUUAGAGUUCACACUGGAGAAAAGCCUUACACCUGCCAACAGUGCAGAAAGGGUUUUGCACAAAAAAGAUACCUUGCAGUCCACAUGAGAAGUCACACUGGAGAAAAGCCUUACACUUGCUCUCAGUGUGGACUGAGUUUUGCACAUAAAGGCAACCUUAAUUCCCACAUGAGAACUCACAGUGAAGAGAGCUUGUUCACCUGCCAACAGUGUGGGAAGAAUUUCCCUCAAAAACAAAACCUGGAAGUCCACAUGAGGAUUCACACUGGAGAGAGACAUUUUAUCUGUAAACAGUGUGGAAAGAGUUUCAUUCGAAAAGGAGUCCUUGAAGUCCACAUGAGAGUUCACUCUGGAAAGAAGCCUUACACUUGCACUCAGUGCAGAAAGAGUUUUACUCACAAAAACACCUUUAAUUACCACAUGAGAACUCACACAGGAGAGAAGCUGUUCACAUGUGAUCAAUGUGGAAAGAGAUUCACAACAGAACUAAGCCGUAGAUAUCACAUGACCAUUCACACCGGAGAGAAACAGUUCAUAUGUGGUCAGUGUGGAAAAAGCUUUGCACAUAAAGUAGGCCUAAAUUACCACAUGAGAAUUCACUCAGGAGAGAACAGGGCCCGUAUUCACAAAACAUUUUAUCUUACCACUAAAAGUUCUCCUAAAUAGCAGUAAAAGUUUUUAGCUAAGAGUUUUCU